AUGCCCGAGUUCCAGCGUGUGGAUGCCAACGACCGGCCCAUUGAGGACCCAGUCUUGGCUAUCCUGGAGGUGAUCUGCAUCAUCUGUUUCUCAGCCGAGUACAGUGUGCGUCUGGUUGUGGCGCCCUCCCGUCGAAAGUUCCUGGCGAAACCCCUGAACAUAAUCGACUUUGCGUCUAUCCUGCCGUUCUACUUAACUCUGGCCUUCGAGACGAUUGACGAGGAAGGCAGCGAGGAGGAGAGCGAGAACCUGGAGAACGUCAGAAAGGUGGUGCAUGUCCUGCGGUUGAUGCACAUCUUCCGGAUCCUCAAGCUUGCACGGCAUUUGGUCAGGCUCCGUGCCCUUGGUGCUACCAUGCGCCACAGCUACGAGGAGGUGGGCCUCCUCAUACUCUUCCUCUCCGUUGGCAUCUCCAUUUUUUCUGUGCUCAUCUACUCGGCCGAGAAGGAGAAUGCCGACUCCGACCUCAGCACCAUCCCUGUCGGUUGGUGUUGGGCCACCAUCACCAUGACCACCGUUGGCUACGGCGAUACGUGUCCUGUUACGACGGCCGGCAAGGUGGUCACCACACUCUGUAUCAUCUGUGGACUGCUCGUGGUCGCCCUACCCAUCAGCAUCAUCUUCAACAAGUUCUCCAAAGUAUUACCAGAGGAACAAGGCCUUGGACGCCAACCAAUGUGCGGAAGCCGAGAAGCCUCAGGACAGCCCCUACAUGCACAUCCGAGAGCUGUAUGCUCCGAGCCUGUACCCGUUCCUCGGUGGGAUCUCCUUCAAAAACAGUGAAAGCAGUGGGGGGGACGAUACAGACGCUUCCAGCCUUCAGGAUGUUGAGGCUGAAGAUGAUUAAUGAUUUAUUGAGAAAAAAGAGCUGAAAUAAAUGAAGUUUCUUUUUUUUUUUCUUGUUUCCUCGCUGGCUAGCUGCUGCGGUCGAAACACAUUUUACCGCUGAAAGCACUUUGUUGUUCUCAGGGCUAAUAAAAUAUCUCAUCUACCAGCCUUUCAACACAAUAGCAACAUCUUUUUAGAAUGCGGGAGAUGUCUGCUUUCAUUUUCAGUUCGUGCUGAUAUGAGGUCCGGAGGAAAUUUUAUGUUUUUGCCGCACCCUAAUUGGAGAAUGCACAGUGGUCAUUUCAGAGAGCCAAGAAACCUAAAUGUGUCCAUUUUCCUCCCAAUUGCCAUUAAACGAGGCGAGUGUCAAUCUGUACCCUUCCAUUACAGACCUUAUCUUCCUGCCAGGAAGUGUUUGCAAUGAGGUCGUAUACACAACAAAAUACAGUCUUGGAAGGGAAGCCCAAUCCGAACUAUUCACCAAAAAACAAAAGCUCCUCCUCUGGUUUUGAGUGAAUUGAUUAUCUUCAUUGGAUUUGGCUUUGAAGUGCAUGAACUAAAGCAUCCCCACCCACCCUUAAACCUACUCAAUGCACUGUAAUGAUGGCCCUAAGUCAUGACCCCACAUGGAGGGUAAUUGCUCCUCCUGUGAUGAAGAGACUUCAAGAAGGUUCUGGAACUGAAUCCAAAUUUUGAAGAUGCCAAAAAGCAGUGGCGGUUCUACACGGAGGCAUGGGGUGGCCCGUGCCUCCGUAGACAUGUCCCUGGCCACCCCUGUGGCCACCCCGUA